AUGGCGGCUCAAUCUAAGCUACUGCCGCCCGACCGCUCCGUCAAGCAGAUUCUCUCCAGCAUCACCUCCCUUUAUCUCCGACACCGAACUCGCAUCUCGCGCGGCGUCUACCUCGCCCUCUUUGCCGCACUCGCCAAACGCAUCCAUAAUGCCAUCUCCGAGCAGAAAGCUGCUUCACAACAGGUAGAGCUACGAAGAAAGCAACCUGGCACCAGCAGCCUCGACGACGAUGAACAACCGCGGAAGAAGCGGGUGGAGAUCAAUCGAGAGUUCUUUAAACACUUGCUUCGUCUACUGAAGAUCGUGAUUCCUGGAUGGCGCAGUAAAGAGUUCCGCCUCCUUGUGAGCCACAGCGUCUUCCUCGUUCUGCGGACGUUGCUCAGUCUGUAUGUUGCCGAGCUAGAUGGCCGUCUCGUGAGCAACCUGGUGCGGGGCAAGGGCAAGGACUUUUUGUUGGGUCUUUUCUGGUGGAUGAUUGUCGCAGUGCCGGCAACAUUCACAAACUCCAUGCUCUCCUACCACCAAUGUAAACUUGCGCUCAGCUAUCGAAAACGUUUAACCGAUUACAUACACGACAAAUACCUAUCAAAUAUGACUUUCUACGCCAUCUCCGCCCUGGACGACCGGAUUAAGAAUCCCGAUCAGCUCGUGACGGUGGAUGUGUCGCGUUUCUCCGACAGCCUGGCCGAGCUCUACUCCAACCUGGCCAAGCCGAUCCUCGAUAUGUGCAUCUACAACUACUCUUUGUCAAAGAAUGUCGGUGGAGAAGGGUUGUUCAUUAUGAGUCUGCUGGUACAACUUUCAGCCAAUGUCAUGCGCAUGCUAACACCACCCUUUGGCAAGUAUGUUGCGGAUGAGGCUCGACUGGAGGGUGAAUUCCGCUUCCUACACUCGAGGCUCAUCGACUACAGCGAGGAGGUGGCUCUUUACCAUGGCCACGAGGCUGAGAAGGAUACCCUAGACAAGGGCUACUUCACUCUCAUCAAACAUGUGAACCGUAUCUUACGGCGGCGACUAUAUCAUGGUUUCAUGGAGGACUUUGUUAUCAAAUAUUUCUGGGGUGCUCUGGGUUUGGUUCUUUGCAGCUUGCCCGUCUUCUUUAAGAUUCCUGGUCAAGUCACCCAGACCAUGGGUGAUCGCACCGAGAGUUUCGUCACUAACCGCCGAAUGUUGUUAUCUUCAUCCGAUGCAUUUGGCCGUUUGAUGUUUUCCUAUAAGGAGAUCUCCGAGCUUGCCGGCUUUACCUCUCGCGUGUCGUCCCUACUUGAGGUCAUGGAUGACCUGGUUGCCGGACGCUUCGAGAAAAAGCUGGUAUCAUCGGCCUCCACUGAAGAGAAUGCGGCCGUUCUCUCGGGCCGUGGCGAAGUCAUGGAGAGUGACUUCAUCGAGUUCACAGAUGUACCCAUCGUCUCACCAAAUGGUGAUGUCCUUGUUCGCAAGCUGUCGUUUACCGUAAACCCUGGCGACCAUCUUCUGAUUGUCGGACCUAAUGGAUGCGGCAAGUCAUCUCUUUUCCGCAUCCUGGGCGGUCUUUGGCCAGUGUACGGAGGUUCAGUCAAGAAGCCUCGCUUUGAAGACAUUUUCUACAUUCCGCAGCGUCCCUACCUCUCCCGCGGUACACUUCGACAGCAAGUCACUUACCCUGAUGGUGUGCGCGAGAUGCGUGCCAAGGGUGUGACUGAUGCCGAUCUCUACGAGGUUCUGUCCGUUGUAGAGAUCGCCUCUGUUGUUGACCGUCCUGGCGGCUGGGACGCGGAGGAGGAGUGGCGCGAUGUUUUGUCGGGUGGUCUGCAACAGCGCAUUGCCAUGGCCCGUCUGUUUUAUCAUCGCCCCAAGUUCGCCAUUCUGGACGAGUGCACCUCAUCCGUGACUCUGGAGAUAGAGAAAGUAAUGUACGAAACGGCGAAGAAGCUCGGCAUCACCUUGAUGACUGUUUCGCACCGACGCAGUCUUUGGAAAUACCACCAGAAAAUUCUGCAAUUUGACGGCCAGGGUAGUUAUAUAUUCACAGGACUGGACUGGGAACGACGAUUGGAACUUGAAGAUGAGAAGGAUGAAUUGGAACUGCAACUUCGGGCCGUACCUGAACUCCAGCGUCGGGUGGCCGAACUAACUGCGACUUAA